AUGACCUCCCAGGUUCGUCAGAAUUAUUCCACCGAAGUGGAGGCUGCCGUGAACCGCCUGGUCAACGUGCACCUGCGGGCCUCCUACGCCUACCUCUCUCUGGGCUAUUUUGAUCGGGAUGACGUGGCUCUGGAGGGUGUAGGCCACUUCUUCCACAAAUUGGCCGAGGAGAAGCGCGAGGGCGCCGAGCGUCUCCUCAAGUUGCAGAACGAUCGUGGAGGCCGUGCACUCUUUCAGGAUGUGCAGAAGCCAUCUCCAGAUGAGUGGGGUAAAACCCAGGAGGCCAUGGAAGCUGCCCUGGCCUUGGAGAAGAACUUGAACCAGGCCCUCUUGGAUCUUCAUUCCCUGGGCUCUGCCCCCACAGAUCCUCAUCUCUGUGACUUCCUUGAAAACCACUUCCUGGAUGUCAUUAAGAAGAUGGGCAACCACCUGACCAACCUCCGCAGGUUGGCUGCUGGGCCCCAGGCGUCUCUGGGCGAGUACCUCUUUGAGGGGCUCACUCUCAAGCAUGACUAG